AUACUUUUUACUUGCAUCCGCUCUUUGCAUUUCCUUUUCACACACCUCCUAGAAAUCGUUACCAAGCAUGCUGAAGAUCCGUGUUGUACCUUCAUUAAUUGCUGCACUUGCGCUGCAGAUGCUUGUCUCCGCAGAUGUGCUUUAUCAUGCCACUAAGACUGCUAAGGCUGAUCCCACAGACGCCCCUAGGGUCAUUUCUUGUACCCCUAGCAUCCACCUCAUGGGAAACAAAGAUGAAGUGAUGCACUACAUCCUGACCAAUGUUGCUUCAACUCAAGGGAAGGCUGGUGCCGGAUACCAACCUAAGAAUACUGUUAGUCAUAGUGGCAAUGAUAGCAACAGUGACAGCGACAGCGACAGUGAUAGUGACAGUGACAGCGACAGCGACAGUGACAGCGACAGUGAUAGUGAUAAUGAGGAUGGGUUCUAAAUCAUGCCUCUUACACUUUCUAAAUAAUUGUUUUUUGUUAUCUAAGCAAAUAUGAAUACCAAAACAUCAUACUAUGAUUAGUAAGAGAUGUAUAUACCUAAUAUG